GCGGCCGCAGGCCAUGACGUCAUAGACGGCUCUGGGCGCGCGCGGACGCUUCGCGCGGGCCCGAGGCGGGCGCUGCGAGGCUCCACGGUGUCGGCGCAGGCGGAGGGGGCGUAAGGAUCGCGCUACGGUGGCCGCCGAGGGACGACGCUACGGCUCCCACGCUGGGACAAAUGCCUCCUGCCCGGCCCGGGCGCGCCCACCCCUCCGGGCCGGCACCAGCCGGGGGCAAUUGAAGAGCCGCGCGAAGUGACCCCAUCUUCGGCGGCAUGAGCCCGCCCCGGCAACGUAAUCCCGGGGCACAGGCUCGCCCGCGGGCCCGGUCCCCAGCGCCGUCGGCCUGCCGCAUGGUUCCGGACACCGGCACCGCCGCGGAGAGGGCACCGGGCCGACACCUCCCCCAAGGCUCGGCUGAGGGCUCCUAGGUGCUGAUGACACCUAUGCCAGCCAUCUGGACGCUGUGCUCCCACUGCAAACUAGCCCUGCCGCCCGGGCCCAAUGCCGGUCAUGCCCAUCCCGCGGCGGGUGCGCUCCUUCCACGGCCCGCACACCACCUGCCUGCAUGCAGCCUGCGGGCCAGUGAGGACCUCUCACCUGGCCCGCACCAAGUACAACAACUUCGAUGUGUACGUCAAGACCCGCUGGCUCUACGGCUUUAUCCGCUUCCUGCUCUACUUCAGCUGCAGCCUCUUCACAGCGGCCCUCUGGGGCGCUCUGGCCGCGCUCUUCUGCCUGCAGUACCUGGGAGUCCGCGUGCUGCUGCGCUUCCAGCUCAAGCUGUCGGUGCUGCUGCUGCUGCUGGGGCGGAGGCGUGUGGACUUCCGCCUCAUGAACGAGCUGCUCAUCUACGGCAUCCAUGUGACCAUGCUGCUAGUUGGGGGUCUGGGCUGGUGCUUCAUGGUCUUUGUGGACAUGUGAGGACCCAGCCUCCAUGGGGCUCUUGAUUGUGCUGUACCACAUUUCUUUCCUUGAAGGGUGGGACUGGUAGGGGCCUCUUUUUGCCCCAUUCCAAAGGUAAGGCCUGAAGCACACACUCCCACUGAGGAGCGAAAAGGGCUGUGACUACUCUGUGAUGGGGACACCACAUCUCCCUGGUGGCUUCUGCGCUACCCUUCCUGUGCAGUUUCCCAAACAUGUGACAUCCCUCUUAGCUUCUUGCCUCUGUACGUUUUCAGGUUGGCCAGUGGGUGACCCGUCUGUCCUCUGUGCACCUGGAGACCUUCUGUGUGACAUCCUCACUAUCCAGCUCAACCAGUGAGACACACAAAGGUGCCUCUGGGCUGCACAGCCCCUUUAUGUGCCCUGAUCCUGGCGCUAGCCUCAGGGACCCAGACCUGCUACUGUCCCUAGUUGUGCCCCCUUCUGAGCUGCUUGAUCCUAAGCCCAUGGAGCACUCUUUGCUGUCACCAGGUGACUGUGUCUAUCUUGUACCCCAAGGCAGGUCUCAGGGUCACCUUGGUUUGCAUAGGUGCCAUCCAGCAGGACCCCAUAUAUGGCUUUGACCCGUCCCUGAUACAAGAGAGCACAGACACCAAGGCUUGGACUCCAGAGCGGGGACUGGUCCGUACUCUGGGCAGGUCUGUGUCAGGCCAUGCUGGAGCUCCACACACUGAAAGAACCUAGGGAGGCCACUUCUUCUUAGCACUGGGAGGAGCUGUGACUGUCUCUGAGGGAUGGAAGCCUCCAGCAGCCUCCCAGAGGCUAGGGUAAAUUACCUGUGGAAGACAGGAGGAGCAAACAGAUUGUGCCUCCUCGGUGGCAUUUACCAGCCCAGCGGGCAGCCUGGACGAGCUAGCUGCACCUUCCCCACAUGGCUGUCAGGCCCGGUUUGUGAGAUAAAAAAGGAAGGGAGCGCCUGACUACCUUUGGCCUCUGUCAGGAGUGGGUUGUGGCUCUCACUGGUGACGGGCCUGGGUGGCAAGUGAAGUGCUUUGAGUAAUAACUGCAGGAGCAGGACCCUGAGCAGAUCCUGCCAACACAUGCUUCACCCCAAAUUGUCACCCCACACCCUGGGCAUGGGGAUGGCCCCUUUGAUGCGACCUUGCCAGGAAAACCAGCUGUGUUCCGAUGAAGAGAAACUUGAAGAAACCCAAGCAGGGAAAGCAAAGAUGCAGGACUGUCCACCUUGCUCUUUAACUUGUAACCAACUGUGCCCAUUGUUCUAGCGGGAGGGCUCAAGGAGGAAGUCCAUCUGCCUCCCUGGACAGCAGGUGAGGUGCCUUCCCAGUGGACCCCCCACUGCUUGCUUGCUGCAGAGAAUUGUUUGCACUAAAUAACACUUCCCCCAAAGCAGCUUUGUUCUUUGUUAAUUAGCUCAUGUUCCUCAGAGCAGCCUGAAGCCCCAUUUGCUGGGUGACGGUGGGUGUGUCUGAGGGCUGAUGGUGGGAAAGAUGACAGGACCUUGUCACCCAUUGCACACCCAGCUGCCCAGUGUCCUGAGUGCCUGUUAAAUUCUUUAUGAGAUGAAUCACCUGCAUUAAACCUAUUUUUUUAAUGUG